AUGUCAGGAGCGAUGGAAGAAGGUUCAUACACCGCGCAGACGACCCACUCCCAUUCCCCUGGCCUGGUGGCCAAGACACGACUGGCGACUGACGCGCCAUACGCAGACCUCCACGCUCGAGACGAAGCGAGUGGUAGAGGAACGAGACUGCUCAGAAACGUAAGGAGGGUGCCAGAGCACCCAGAGAACCCAGAGGACCCAGAGGACCCAGAGGACGGGGACGCCGAUCAUCCAGGGGCCAUGCCUACCCUGGACUGCGACACUGCGUCCCCGUUGGCUCGUUGGUUGGUGCUGCGAUCGCCGCAGAGACGAUCACCACCUACGGCAUAG